GAGAGAAGUGGCAAAAACACAAGAACAAGGUGAAAACCAAAAUGAGUAGCAAUGGGAAUAACUCCAAGACUCCGACAAAGGAGAAAGAUCGAGAGACAGAUCCAGAGAUGUCAGGGAUAGCCAUGGUGGUCGGAGCAGUGGCCGGAAUAGCUCUUGCUGGGUGGGGUAUUGCUAAGCUUUUCUCAGGCUCGUCAGAAUCUGAAACUGAAACUUCCACCAACAGGGAUACCAUGAAACCUCCGGGAGGAGACGGCGGGAUUAUUUAUAGGGACGACUUCGAGAAAGACCCUCGCACCUAUUUUCGCGAACUUCGCAACAAGAAAGGAUGAUCUCUAAGUCAUUUUGUUUUGCUAUUGUGGUUAUUAUCUAGGCUAUUGUGUGCUUUUGUCUGUGUGUGUGUGUUUGUGGACGUGAUCUCUCUCCAGUUAUUUUGCAUUGCUAAAAUAUAUUUGGGAGACACUGGAGAUAUAUAUAGAAAGUGAGUCAAUAUGUAAUGUUUAGUUUCCACUGAAAUGAGAAUUUUAUGGUGUUUGGUUUGUUGUUGUACAAGUGAUCCCAAUCGCUCUUCAAUAUUUAUAUUUGAUUGAUUGGGUGCACUAAAAUUCUUGCUUAUACACUACACAAUAGAUCUGGGUCAGACCCUCUUUUCUAGAUUUUCUGUGAUUCCCUGAUGUGAAUUAGAGGGAGACUCUUUAAUACAUA